AUGUGUCUGGUCUUACUUCUGCUGCUGGUGCUCCUGCCUCUAGGGAAGGCUGCACAGCAGAGGGAUGGCCGACAAACUCAGAGCUCUGUUUCCCCUGUGAUCCUAGAAAGGAAUCGCAGGGAACUCCCCAUUGGCAACCACGAGGAAGCUGAGGAGAAGCCAGAUCUUUUUGUUGCGGUGCCACACCUCGUAGGUGCAGGAGAAGGCCAGAGGCAGAGAGAGAAGAUGUUGUCCAGGUUUGGCAGGCUCUGGAAGAAGCCUGAGCGAAACUUGCACCCAUCCCAGGACUUGGUCAGUGAGCACUUCCCACCUGGGACCCAUGCCCUCACUCAGCCAAAAGAUGGGAUGCAAAUGGAGAAAUCUCCUCUUCGGGAAGAGGCCAAGAAAUUCUGGCACCACUUCAUGUUCAGAAUGAGUCCAGCUUCUCAGGGGAUCAUCCUGCCCAUCAAAAGCCAUGAAGUGCAUCAGGAGACCUGUAGGACAGUGCCCUUCGGCCAGACGAUCACCCAUGAAGACUGUGAAAAAGUAGUUGUACAGAACAAUCUUUGCUUUGGGAAAUGUGGGUCUGUUCGUUUUCCUGGAGCUGCACAGCACCCCCACACCUUCUGCUCCCACUGCUCACCUGCCAAGUUCACCACGAUGCACUUGCAGCUGAACUGCACCGGCUUUGUCCCUGUGGUCAAGGUGGUGAUGCUAGUGAAGGAAUGCCAGUGCAAGAUGAAGACUGAGCAUGAGCAUGGACACCUCCUACAGGCAGGCUCCCACGCAGAACUUCAUGCCCAGGAUCCCUUCAUCCCAGGAUUUUCCACUUAAAAGGAGAUCCCACUAUUACCUUUGAAAAACACAACUACAAUAGCAAAGGUGCUGGAUUACUCAGUUUGGAAGUGUUAGUGGGUGCAUACUAUUUUAAGGGAAAGGUGGUUCAAAAUAGCGAGAUAGGACAAUUUAGAGGCAAUGGUAUUCAUCUAGUUAUUGGUACGUAUUUGGAUUUUAGUCUUGGCCCUGCCGUCCUGGCAGGAGGAUGUUAAGGAUGUGGAAGCUUUCUCCAUCUCAAGGGCUUCAUCUCUACAUGAGGGACUUGAAUCAGAUGAUUGCUAAAGUCCUUUCCACUACAAAUGUUCCAUGAUCUAGUGUCUCUGAGUUCUGGUAAAAGCCCUACAUCUGAACUUGGAAAAGAAAUAAAGUAGACCCUAAAAAUUGGCUUCUUUGAUAACUUGUCAAAGCACCACCCAAAACAUGUCUCUAGUAUUUUUAGGAAGGAUUCUUUCAUCUCAGACAGUGUUUUAUUUGCCUUCCAGAUAUGCUUAUUUUAUUGCCAUAGAUGUAAGGAGUAGCUUGCUUGGUUGCCUCUUUAUUUUUCUGAUAUUCCCCAUAUAAAGUUCUUAAUGUCAAGUCUCUGUCUUUGAAAAAGGAACAGCAAUAUUACUUUUAGUGGUUUUCAUAGGGACGAGGAACAAUCACUGGUAGCCACACAAGUAUGUAUAUUAUGGGGAACUAAAAAUAUAUGCUCCAGUACCAGGCUUA